GAAUAAGCAUGUGUACUUUUCUCAUUACGACAUGGUAGUGUCACGCUGUGCGUCACUUUUGAAAGCGUCCUCGCUUGUUUAGUAAACUUUACGAUGUGGUUAGGGAUACUUCGUACAUUAAUAUGUGUUUUGUGAAAAUCUCUGAAUCUUCCAUGACAUAACUUCUACCAUAGCCUCAGAAGAUUACGGAAAAUCGGGUAAACGGUGUCCAACAAUUCGUUCCUUGGGGCUGAAUUAGAUGGUCAUCAAACGGGAGCUCCGGAUCUGUCUAAACGUCUUCGUUGGCAGCCUUAUUACUAUGACGCAGUCAGCUUCGUUCCAAAAUCCGUGGCAAAUGUCAUUGCAGAAGACCCGUCAUAAGCUGCGGAAGUGGAGGCGCAUUUGGGCUUUGCUGCUAACGGGGGCGGUGGUGGUGAGCCUUUGGCUGAUUUUUCGGCGACGGCGGCCCCCGGGGGACGUGCUGGAGCGGCUUCGGUUCCUUCCGAAUCCCUUCGCCGCGUCCGGUCUCACAAAUGAAACUGGUGCCCCCACGCCAAUCGUUCCCAACUUGGUCCAUUUCAUCGUCUUCCAGAAGCCCACGGUCAGCUUCAUCCACUUUGUAUGCGUUCUUGCCGCCCUUCGCAAUCAACGUCCCGACAAAAUUUAUUUCCACUCAAACGUCCAACUAUCAGGCCCGUAUUGGGAACGGUUGCUGAAGCUGAAAGAGUUUUCAGAGCGGGUAGUCUUGCGUCAGAUAGAAAUGCCUAAAGAGAUAUUCAACCAGACGAUCAGAGAGGACUACCGCAUUUUUCAUGGUGGCGAUAUAGCUCGAAUUCAAGUACUCAUGCAGUUCGGCGGAAUUUUCCUCGACAACGAUUCCUACGUUGUUAAAAGUCUUGACUUCUUCCGCCACUUCGAGAUGGCUAUUGGCUGGGACGAGGAACAAUUUUUGGGGACCCAGAUAAUUGUGGCGCACCGUGAAGCGCGGUUCCUAGACCUAUGGCUCCACUCUUAUGAAGGCAUGUACGAAACAGAUUUGUGGUACUACAACGCAGGGGAACUACCAACGACAUGGAUACUGCAUCGGCGUCCGGACCUUGUGCACCGGGUGAAAGUCCUCUUCGGGAAUGACGGCAAGUUCCAGCAACUGCUCUUCCAGCGCUACUGGCCCGGUUGGCGGGAGCAAUACACGUUCCACUUGCUCGCCCGAAAGGCCCACCAAAGUGGCCUUCGCAAUAUCUCACCCAAUGCUUCCUACCCGGUCGACUUCAACGAGCACAACCUCCAGAACUACCCAAUCACCUUCCGCGAGAUGGCUAACGAGGUCCUCGAUUAUGAAAAGAUCCUCCUAAAAGAAGAUUUGGCCCUAGGCCAAGAAUCGAGCUAACCUGCCAAUGGCAAUAUACAUACCUAUAACUCUUCGGUGUGCCGAUGGCUGAAGUCGAAAAAUACGUACUCCGAUUGCGGUGUUGCAAAUCUCCGAUCAUGUCCUAGUUUCCUUUAAAAAUACAUCGUGCGACAUCUUUUCCAAGAAAUUUGCAGGAAAUUAUCUCUAUUUACCUAUAUUAGAAAAUAAUCACGGAGAAAAUUUAAACUUGACAUUUUGGUUCGAUUCCUAUUACAAAAUAGAACACAAUUGAAAAUUUUGGAACAUUGCGAUGGACAUACGCAUUUUUCGACUUCAGCCAUCGAUUCUCACUUGCAGAGGAACCAGUAGGUAUUCCGGGAGGUAUCUCGAGGUAUGACAGGUGCGUUGUCUUCGCUGUUUACAUGAGGUUGGAAAAAAUUCUAAAAAAAUUUCCCCUCGCCUAAUUUUAAUCAACAGAAACCUUCUCAACUGAAGCGCACGAACCUGCCGUACUCGUACCUCUUUGAAUGAAAUUUGUUUAAUUGAAUAAGUACUCAAUGUAUUGACUUAUUCAGCCACCUAGGCUAUGAGAAUUCAUGGCUACCUACGAUGUGAUACCUAGGACAAAGGAUUACUUGUCCGAGUCAUGGAAUCAUGUGCCCACAAACUGACAGUUGAGUGAAAUUUGCUUUAAAACAUUACCUCUCUGGAUAAGUGUAAGACCUUUGGAUUUAAUUUUUCACUAAAUCUUUCGCCUCAAGCCUUAGUGCCUUUUAAGGAAUGGCUUGCAUUUAGGUAUUUGUCUUGAGGGCUAUAAGUGACUAGUGAAAAAUGGUGUCUGUAGAUUACAGAAAAGUAAUUACAAGACUUCAGAGUUAUCAUUCGUAAGUAAACUGAUGCAAAUUCUUGAUUUUUCUAAUUUACCAGCAAUUGGAAACUAGCCGUUCAGAAAAUACAUAACGCUCUAGGGGGGGGGGGAUUGAGGAGAGCGUCACGCCAUUUUUUUUCAUAACUUGUUAAAGGCAUAGAGUAUUAAGUAGUUGUGAAAGGAUACGAUCUUACGUCGCACAAAAGCGUUAUAAGAUGGGAAAUAGGGGAGGGGGUCGAAAUAUCCCAAAUAUCAGAAAUUUAGCGUUGCUAUAAUUUAUGAACGGUCCCUAAGCUUAAGAGAAUAACAAUAUGUCAGUACUUUGAUUCUAGUCAUUCAGUAUGAAUUUUUUUAUUUUUAUUUUGGCUAGACUCGGAAAUUGCAUCUGCUGACGUCUUGCCAUUUUUUCUCGGAUAAAGUAAAACUAGUCAUUAACUGUUUCCUCCAAAAUCUAAUUUAUAAUAUUUAUUUUUUGAAAACUUGCAAACAUUUUCUGGAGCUUCAGAGUCAUUUGAGUAGGUACAAUAUUGGCUCAUAAUAUCACUGAAAUUCCACCCUCCGUUUUUGAUUCUUGCAACUGAUGGUAGUAUUCAUCCUAUGUUGAUUCUAAUAAUUGUUACCUACCUUAUUCUUCCUCUUUUUUACUUUCUUUACAUGUUGCUUCAAGUACAGGGUGUCCCAGAGCACCCAUAUCAGGCCUUUUUCUCGGUAGAUUUAGGUCGAACGAAGUCGGCGACCGCGGGGUUGAAUAAGGAAUUGACUCUAAGGAAUCCGAAUUUCAUGGUUUCGAAUGGUUGGAAAUGAUCUGUAUGGUCCCGAAGCCCCCCUAGCCUCCCUCGGGGGGGGGGGGGGGGGGGUAAAUGGGGGGCUAAAUGGGUUCGGUACCAUGAAAGUCGAAUUCCUUGGGGUCGAUUACGUGGUAAACCACCUUUCUUCGGAGAAGCUGCAUCAACUUUUGACCAAAGGGAAACUAUGGAUGGGGCCGCUGCCCCUCUCUUUAAAGGAUCAUUUUUGAGCGUAAAGUGGUCCAAUUUUGGAUUUUCAGGGGUCGAUCUUACGUGAAACCGUACUUUUCAAUUCUAACAACAUCGAAUCGAAAUUCUAUCGUGACCCCCCUUUAUCUCUCAAAGGGGCCUAGGGGGGGUUCGAGACCAUGAAAUUCGGUUCCUUGGGGUCGAUUCCCUAAUCAACCCCGCGGUCGCCGACUUCGUUCGACCUAAAUCUACCGAAAAAAGGCCUGAUAUGGGUGCUGGGACACCCUGUAUAAAGUAUGUGCUGUCUUUUCUCUUAGUUUGGUUAUUUCUAAGUGUAUUGGACGGAAACAAUUAUAUCAACUGAGGACAUCCAUGGCUUAAGUAAAAAAAUGCAGAUCUCUCUUAAUUCCAACGUUUCUAAAAAUCCUGUUACGUACAAUUCAUUUUAGAAAAAUAAAAUAAUCAAAAUAUUUCCUUGAAA